AUGCCGAGACCUGAAUCAGCCUUGUUGGACGAAUCGUCCGGCGCUCCACAGCCCUCGGAGCUGCUCGCAUGUUCAACCUGCCGAAGCCGAAAACUGAAAUGUGACCGGUUGAGGCCCGCUUGCACUCGGUGUGCCAAGGCGAAGAGCGAGUGUACCUAUCCGGCAUCGCGGAGGAAGCCCGCCGCCAAGCGAAAGAAUGCCAGGGAGCUCGAGUCGCGAUUGGCCAAAUUAGAGGGCAUGCUGAAAGGCGUCAGCACCGUUGGAAGUGUUGGCAGCACCAGCAAAACUGCUGAAAAUGUUAUCGAUGUUGACAGCCAGGGAGGCAGCUCGUCCUCUGCCGCACAGGAAAUGGAGACCAUGUGGUUUGGAGGGGAGUUUGACCUCGACGAGUCCUUCGUGACAAACCUCCUGAAUGGUGACGUGCCCCCCGUCGGCCCUCCUCCGCAGCAAACUCCUCCUUCCAUCUCGGCCGACGACAGCCCGGGCGGCUUCGAAUCUUUCCCUACCGGUGAGAUGGUAGGGCUGGGCCAGUUCGAGACUCUUCCUCCGUUCGCACUGAUCGAAGAAUUGCAUAACAUAUUCUUCCAGAAGCAGCACAGCUUCAUCCCAAUCAUCCACCAGGGUAGGUAUAUUCGCGCCUUCCACUCGGCUCCGCAUAUGAGGCCUCCGAUGUGCCUUCAAUACGCCAUCUGGGCGAUGGCGGCAAAUGGCCACGAGGAGUAUGGGAGCUAUUCCGAUAUCUUCUAUCAGCGCACACGGCGCUAUUUGCAGGACGAUGAAUUAAAGGGGUUUGGAGAACACUCCCUGACCGUUGCCCAUGCGCAAGCAUGGGCGCUGACUGCGACACUGGAGGCCCGUUGCAUGUUCUUCACGAGGGCAGGGCUGAGCUCGGCAAGAUGCGUGAAGCUGAUCCACAUGAUGGGCCUUCACCGACUUGAUGAUGUCCCAGACGAGCAAAAACUUGUGGCACCGCUCCUUCCUCCCUCACAAAGCUGGGUCGAGCUUGAAGAGAGACGACGUUGCUUUUGGGGCGGAUUCUGCAUCGACAGCCACGCCAGUAUCAGCACGGGAUGGCCAACCCUGAUUAACAUCGACGAGGUCACCACGCUGCUGCCGAGCUCCGAGGAAGCUUUCAAUGUGGGCCGGGAAGAGAAAUCACCGACCCUACAAGAAGCCUUGAAAGGGGCGGAUUACUCUACCUUCGCUGGCGCCUCAGUCAUAUGCCACAUCUUCAACAAGAUCAUGAAGCACAUCCACCGGCCGACGCCAAAUGACAGGGCCGACGAUGUCAACAACGGCACGUUCUGGAAGCGACACCGAGAACUCGACAAUGACCUGUCCAGCAUCUUCAUGUUCCUCCCCGAACGCUUCAGGCUGCCGAAGAACCUUCGGGACCCAGUAGCUGUCCAUACCAACCUCAAUCUCCACGCCGCCGUCAUCUGCCUCCACAACGCUGCCUGUGACAAGGUAGACACGUUCAAGCUACCGGCCCAUCUGAAGAAGAUGAGCCAAGACCGGUCACUGACGGCCGCCCAGGAGAUCACUAACAUCACGAAGCUGACCUCGCACAUCAUGACGAGCUAUAAAAGCCCGCUAGUAUCGCUCUCGCUGUACUGCGCAGCAUCGACAUACAUCUACCAAGAGAAAGACACACGGGGCAGCUGCGACAUGGGGAAUCUCGAGUUCCUCGUCAACUGCAUGCUGGCCAUCAGCAGGGAGCACGUCAUCACUCGGGCCUUCCUGCAGCAGGCCCUUCUAGACAUCGAGAUCAACGGCAUCACCACGUCGCUCAAGAUCCCCCCCCGCGACAAGAUGCCCAACAACACCUCCUUCAACAGCAUUCCCCUCCUCGCCCGCAGCUCCGUCUCCCGCCGGCCGGGCGUCCCGCCUCCGCCCCCCUGCAGUCUCCGCGGGCCGCCCCUCCAACACAACGGGCGCAACCGCUGGCCCUUCCCCUCCUGGUCCACCACCAGCAGCUCAUCAGCCGACAGGGAGGAAGGAACCAGCCCCGACAGCGCCCAAGCCACCCCGACCACAACCGCAACCACCACCGCCCCGCCAACCAAGCGCAGGCGCAGAUCUCCCGGCCCGACGGCGCCGCCCGCCCCCUCCCUGACGACAAAAGCACCAACGAACACAACCACCACCACCACAACGCACGGCCCAUCCGUCUGGGGUGCACCCACCUCCACCGCCGCCUCCUUCGCGACGCUGGCGCACCGCGGCAGUGCCGCCCGCACCGGGUCAUCGUCGUCGUCGUCGACCGCGCUCCCCCGGACCGCACCCCCGGGUUGCGGUGUCCUGCCUCCGAUGCCGGCGGCGCCGGGAGGCGGGAACGUGGCGCAACACCAGCCGCAGGAGCAGGAGCAGCAGAUGCCCGAUCUUAGCAUGUUCCCUGAUAUCGGGGGGCAGUGGAGUCUUGAUGAUCUCGGCUUUGAUGAUGGGGCUGGGGGCGAGGCGUGGGCUUUUCUUGUUGAUGAGGGUGGUGGUGGUGGCGGCGGCGGCGGAACGUGGGGUGGGGAGGCGGGAGCUGGGUAGGGCCAAGGGGGUUGGUCUUCAUUGUCUUUAUUAUACGGGGGCAGCUGUGUACAACAUCGUGCCAUGAUACCAUGGAAAGGAUAUAUAGCCCGAGGGGGUUCGGGCUGGCAAAAAGAACCGUCUUGGAAGGAUGGUUGGUGGGUUUACGGCGUUGGUGUACAGACGAGAUGAACACAACUCAAUCUUAAUCUAAUCUCCACCCGAUCAAAACGGAU